AUGAGCACACCGGCGAACUUGUAUCCCGGAUUAAAUGACAUAUCGGAUGUUAUUGGGGAGUUCCCAAUGGAGGUGGCGAGAUACAUGACUCUACUUAGGGAGAUAGAUGCCAAAUGUGUGAACACAGUGCCUGAGUUGAACUCGCAGAUAGGAAAGUUUCUUGCGGAAGAGAGUGCUGGCACGGCCAAGACGCAAUUGCAGACUAUCAAUCAGUUAUUUCAAGAUCUAAUGCCGUCGUUGGAAGAGAAAAUGCACGUAUCGUCCAUUGCAUUCGAGUCUUUGGAUCGGUUGGUCACAAGGAUAGAGUUGGCAUACGAAGUAGCUCUAAAGAACCAGGAGAUCCCGGAGAAGCUUCGAUUAGGCAAUGACAACCACCCUGCGAUGCAUGUACAUCACGAGCUACUCAAGAAGGUUGAAUCAAAGCAGCAGAGCAAAUCACAACAGGCGUUGAGGAGUGAAUCACGCCGAGAAGCGAUGGCUGCUAAGAAGCAGCAAAAUGUCGAAGGCUCAGGCUCAGGCUCAGGCUCAGGUCCCAUAAGCGCCAACACCAGUGGCGGUGGCUACGGCACCAACAACGCCUCCAGUUUUCUAACCGACCCGCCAACAAUCGCACAGACAAAUGCUAACCCGGUGGUCUCUGUCUCGUCGCCGAACGCUUCUUCCGUAUCUAGCAGAAGACGUAAUCACAACGAGCCUACUACGAACAAUGUUGUUCCCAACAACAAUGCAAACACCACCCGAAAACGCAAACGACAAACUAAAGAAGACUACUUCCAACGACCCAAAACAAACGAAUACGGCGAGGCUCUGUACUGCUACUGCAAUCAAGUCGCAUACGGCGAGAUGGUAGGCUGCGAUGGAGAAAAUUGUCAACUAGAAUGGUUUCACUUGUCUUGUAUAAAUUUAGAAACACUGCCGAAGGGAAAGUGGUACUGCGAUGAUUGUAAGAGAUAG